AUGGUCUUCAUCCGCCUAAUCGUAAAAGUCUACCCGCGCGAACAACUCUCGCGCCCAUUCCCGACCCCAAAGAGGAAACCAACCGAACCCGAAACCAAGCCCGCGUCCUUCCUCCUCGCGAUCCCCAACCCAGAAGCAAUCACCCUCGGCCAGCUCGCCGGCCUGAUCCGCUCGAAAUGGACCAAGCUCCGUCCCAAUGCCGAGCCCCUCGAUAUCAAGAAGUUGCUGGACGAUAGUCGCGACACGGUCGAUUUGGAUGUCGACAUGACGGUGGCCGAUGUGUGGGUCAAUCAGGCGCGUGCGAGGCGCAAUGAGGAUGAUCAGGUCGGCACGGUCAGGGUGGUGCAGAGGCCUGCGCCGUAUGCGCCUGUUCGGUUUCCUUCUGUGGAUCAGGAUUGGGGGGUAGGUCGGGAGGAGAAAUUUACGGGGAAGUUUGAGACGAUUGAGGAGGCGAGGGAGAGUGAGACUGAGACUGAAACUGAAACUGAGAGUGAGAGUGAGGAAGAGGAAGAGGAAGAGGAGAGUGAAAUUGACAAGAAGAAGGCGAAAUUGAUCAAUGCGAAGGCUGUUGUGGUGGGUGGUGAGGACGACGGAGAAAGUGAAACUGAUGAGAGCGAAGAGGAGGAAAGUGGGGAUGAGAGCGAGAGCGGGAGCGAGGAAGACGAGGAUGAAGGUGAGAGUGAAGAGCCGGCCGCAGACAACGACGUCCGCAUGGAGGAUAGCCUGCCCGAAACACGAGUGCUCAAGAGAAAGAUGAGCCCCGAGGAGCUCGAGCCGAAAAAACAACCCCGUUUGCAACAGUCGAGCCAGGCGACUGAGGCCGACGGCGACAACGUCAAUGGGACCCCGGUUAGCAGUCCGUUGGGCACGCGCAAGCGCAACGCUGAUAGAGCGCCGUCCUUCUCUGGGCUUGGUCGACGUUUGAGCUUUACAGAGAGACCGGCCUUGUCGCAUGGCCUUGGUCUGGGUAUUACGAAGAGUCCUCCUCGCAAGAAACAAUUCCUGAUGGCUGAUCUCUCUAAAGAUUCUACACAAUCCGAGUCCGUUCCGAAAGACGCAAGCAGCGCACCUGUGAUCCGUCGCAGCUCGGUUGACCAGCACCCCUCGACCCCGGCCAAGUUACAAACGCCGGCAGACAAAGUCAGACUACUCCAAUCGGCUCUCCGUAAAGACUCACCCGUCGAACGGUCCCCCGAACGCCGAUCCGUAUCCUUCGCCGAAGGAGAAGACUAUGCCAUUCCUACCUCCGUCCAUGCUACAAAGUCAACUCUCCAGGCCACCAAUAAGCACCAGAAGAAUGGGACCAGCUCUAGCUCUAAGCCAGCUCCACCAGAGCCAGAAGAACGAUCAGAUGGAGAAGAGGACCAGUCGGAAGAGGAGUUUAGCACGGCAAUAAACACGGAGAUAAACGAGUACGAAAAGGAACUCCAAGCAAACGACCUGGAUCCGAAGUCUGAAUACACUCGCAAACUGAAGUGGGCCUCAAAGAAAUGGCAGAUUAUGAAGAACAACGAGAACUCCAACCGGAAAAGACAGCGAGAGAGGUUCAGUAACGCGCAUAACGAUCUCAAGGCGCUGCACCGGGAGGUUAUCGAGCUCAAGGAGUUUAACAAGCCACCCUCGCAACGCCCCAAGUCCCAGACACCGAAUGGUACUCCAGGUACAAGAAAGCUAUCCCGAGAUCCUACCAGUUCGCAGAAUCGAAAAUCCGAAGCGCACUGGGACGUUGAAAUCGUAACACCAAGACCGAACUCCAAGAAGCUUAUUCCGAAGAGCCUUCCCUCUUCACAGAUCAGUCGCAAGUCUCCAGAACGCGAACAAGCCCAAGGCCAAAGACAUUGGAGCGUCGAAAUCCCCACGCCUAAGGCUGAUAGUACUCCAGAAAUACGGCCAGAGCCCAAGAAGCCAUCCCAGGAGAGACCACCAUCUCCACUCUCUGAAUCCGAGUCAGAACAGUCCGAGUCCGAAGAAGAGGAAAGCACCCCAAAACAGCCGGAACCCAAGAAACCAUCCUCAGAGAAGCCACCAUCUUCACCUGCAGAGUCCGUGUCGGAGGAGGAUUCCAGCUCUGAGGAAGAGGGGGACGAUGCAGCACCAAACCAGCCUGACCCCUUGACUAAAUCGUCUCCCGCGGUUGAGGUAUCUGUACCCGCGCCUGUGCCUGAGCCGGGCUCGGACUCAGAAGAGCAAUCCGGCUCCGACGAAGAGGAGGAAGAAGAAGAGGAAGACGCAGAGGAAAUGGCAGAGAAAGAGGAAGAGAAAGACAAGUCCACAGCGGAAGAAAGCCAAAAUGAAGACAACAACAAACCCGAAAAAGAAGGGGAAACAGUUCAAGCACCAAAACCACAAGAAAACGAUAUAGUCCCAGAAACAGAAGAAGAGCGCGAGCAAGAAACCACAACCCCGACCGCACCCAACCCAGCACCAACAGAAACACCCUCCAAACCCGACCCAGCCGCCGAAGAAACCGACUCCGACACGGACGAAAGCGAAUCAGACGAAGAAUCCGACAAAGAAUCCGACAAGGAAAACCAGACUCUCCCCAAACCAACCCCAACAACAAAAGCCAAUAUUCUCCGUCGCACAAGUCUCAAUCCCCCUUCAUCCCAGCCGAACCCACCCUCCAGCAGCCAGCCACAACCAAGCUCCACCCAAUCGACCCCCACUGCCUCCCGACCAGCCCGCAAUACCCUCAAAACCCUCCUCUUCCAACAACGCGCAGAGCAGGCGCAGGCGCGCUUGAAGAAAGAGGAGGAGGCGGCGAAACGGAAGAGCCAGCCGCACAAGGAUAUCUUCUCGGGCCCGUCGGAUACUGAGUCCGAGGAUGAGGAUGAGAGCGAGAGCGAGAGCGAGAGUGAUAGCGGCGCGGAUGCCGGGGAUAUCUUGUCCACUGGGAGUGUAGGGAAGUUAAGGACCGCUUUACCGCGGAAGUGA